AUGACAAUCAACCACGCUGCCAAACGGAUCUUCCGUUCUCACGGUACCAUGCCUGCCAAGGGAUCAUCCAUGGAUGCGCGUCCCGUCGUGAUCGCCCUCCAUACCCGCCAAGCCAGCUGGAUUCUGAAGCAGAUCCCUGCGAAAGCGGAGGCGGAGCAUCGUUGUCUUUUCCCGUCACCGGUGGCCCGCAAGAUGAAGUCGCACCAGGCGCCAGUGCGCCAAAAGCAAUGUGGCAUCGUACUCAGCGUGGCGCCCCGCACCACGCACCAGGAUACUAUUUAG